AUGAAUCCGAGCGAUUGCAAUCUGUCUUCGAAUUCAUUUUCCCCAAGGGCCAACGUAAGUGUAGAUAGUGGUCAGCCGCGACUCGCCCGCUCUUUCCUAUCUCGUCCAUGCGAUAGUAUCAGCAUUCCAAGUUUGUCGAGUUUUCUGAGUGUGGAAUCGGGAAAAACUACUUUUAGUGGUGGCUUAUCGCCCUGUCGCUCCUCGCCGAUUCUCGUCACACAGAAUGGCUCAUUUAGUGAAUCAGAACCGGAUAGGAAAACAUUUGAUUCUGGUUUACCGGGCACUUAUGACGCUGAUGAUGAUGGUGGGUUGGACGAAAUCGGCGAAGCCGACGAAGUUGAUUCUAAUGCUUCGGAUAUCUUCUCAUCGUCCCCAAAUCUUGUUCCCAACCCUCCAUCGAAUGAUGAAAGUGUUGAUGCGGGUUGCGACUUUCACUCCAUUAAGACUUUUGAGGCGUCUACUUCCCCUCCUAACAAAAUUUCUUUGGACGGAAAUUCAAGAAAUGCUUAUUCGCUAAAAAAGACAAGAACUUGUUCUAAGAGGAAGAUAUCCAAUUGGUACCAGGUCAAGAGGGAAACGCUUGUAAAAUCAUAUCGGGCUAAAGUUAACCAUUUCAAGAAGAUUUUUGAUGGUACACCCGUGGACACGGAUCGCCUUCUUGUUGGUAUGAUUAAGCUAUAA